UCUCUCUCUCCAUGAAAACCCUCACAUAGAGAGAUUCAAGAUUUGAUUUUGAGGCUUACCCAUUUCACACACUACCAGGAAAACAAUAUCCCAUGACCUCUUUUUAUCUUUGAUUUUUUUUGGGGGGGAUUUUUUUCAAAUAAAAAUCUCAACUUCUGUUUUCUGGGUUUGUAAGAGGAUUUGUUUGGAAAAUUGAAUUCUGGGUGUGGAUCAAAUUUGUUUUUUUUAUUUGGAUGAAAGUGUCAUUUUUUGUGGGAUCUAGAUGAUGAUGUCUUCUGGGACAUCUUCGUAUUGGUGCUACAGGUGCAGUCGUUCUGUGAGGGCAUGGAGACAGGACACGGUGGUUUGUCCUGAUUGUGAUGAUGGAUUUCUUGAGGAGAUAGAAAAUCCGACACGCUCUGUCCACGUGGAUGGCCGGAGGCGGCGGUUUCCGGCGGCGGCAAUGUACAUGAUCGGCCAACGCACCGGUUUCGAUCAGAAUUCACGCCCUGCUCUCAGGCGAACCCGCCGCAACGGCGGUGACCGGUCUCCUUUCAAUCCGGUUAUCGUCCUCCGCGGCGGUGGAUCGUCGGAAGGGGCGGAGGGAGGCGGCGGCGGAGGAGGUGGAGGAGAGAGUCGCGGGUUUGAGCUUUUCUAUGAUGAUGGUGCUGGUUCUGGUCUUAGGCCUUUGCCUCUGAGCAUGUCGGAGUUUCUUCUGGGAUCUGGGUUUGAUAGACUCUUGGAACAACUUUCUCAUGUUGAGAUCAAUGGUAUUGGGAGGUACGAGAACCCUGCUGCAUCAAAAGCUGCCAUUGAUUCUCUUCCCACUAUUGAGAUUGAUGAGGGUCAUUUGACUAUGGAAUCACAUUGUGCAGUUUGCAAGGAGCCUUUUGAAUUGGGCAUUGCAGUGAGGGAAAUGCCUUGUAAGCACAUAUAUCAUCCUGAGUGUAUAUUACCAUGGCUUGCACUUCAUAAUUCUUGCCCUGUUUGUCGUCAUGAGUUGCCUAUUGAUGCCCCAAAUCCAAAUCCAAAUCCAAAUCAAAAUCCACUGAAUGAAGAAGAGAAUGUGGGGUUGACUAUUUGGAGGUUACCUGGUGGUGGUUUUGCGGUGGGGAGGUUUUCCGGUGGGAGAAGAGGUGCUGAGAGAGAUCUACCUGUUGUUUACACUGAAAUGGAUGGUGGGUUUAACAAUGGUAGUGAGCCUAGGAGGAUUUCUUGGUCUUCUAGAGGGAAUAGACGGAGAGAGAGUGGUGGGUUGAACAGGUUUUUUCGCAAUUUGUUUGGUUGCUUCAGAGGUGGAGUUGGAACUCAACGCUCUACUUCUACUAGAGAGUCUCGAUCUUUAAGGGCAAGUUCAUCUCGUUCUAGUAUGGAUCCCUCAUCACGUUCCCGUAGGUCUUGGUCUAUGGAUGUAAACAGUGGUGGAAUGUGAUCAUUAUUGUAACUUGGGGGAGGGUAAAAAUCUGAACUUUUGUUUAAUGGGUUCCCGUUCCCCAUUUGAUGUCAAUAUACAUAUAAUGAAUGGGAUUGAGUCGAGGAUGCAAUGCAAUCAAUCUUAUGGGGUCUUGCGAUUCUCAUAUUCUCAGCUAUGUGUGGCGAAUUGUGUUGGAGCCUAAUGCUGUGUCAUGUUGGAUGGGGAAUUGUUAGUAUUAAACUCAUCAUCUAUAUUAGCAAUAGCUGAUAGGGACAAGAAAGAAUUAGCAUGGAAGAAAUAAUGAA